AUGGAUUACAUCAAAGAUUUAAUUCAGAAGACCCUUUCUCAGUAUGUGGAAGGUGUCAACGAAAAGACUGUUACACUUGGUUUCAAUGAGGGAGUGGAGAUAAACAAUCUUACACUGCGGACGGAUUUCGUCAACCACUUGCUACAGAACAAUGGCGUCGAUGCGCGGCUCGACUACGGUCGUAUCGGGAAGCUUCGGCUGGUGUAUACUGCUCUUCCGGGCAUUGUAACGAUGCAAGUUGACGGUUUGGAUAUCCGGCUAAGGCCAAACUUCACCGGCACUGCACUUAAGAAAAUCUGCACGACCCUUGGAGAGUUACAAGGAGAAAUUGAAGAUGUCGAUGCAGCUAAACCACACACGACUUUACCUUCGUGCAGCUUGCCUUGUCCGCCACCAGUAUACCCUCAGUCUGUCUUCGGCCCGAAGCAGCCCGACAUACACGAUACUUUCUCAAGGAGACUCCCUCCUCAUAGAGUUCCUCGGCCGCCGCCAAUCGUGAGGCGGGCGCGCUACGUAAUGCCGGAGGCGCCGAUGGCACAGCUGGUCGCUGUACAAGAAGCUCUCCCGUCGCCUCGAUGCCCAACCGCUUUACCCAGUCUACCCAAGUGCGAACUGCAGCUUCCUUCGUUCGAGGCGCCGUCCCUCCCUCCUCUGUGCGAUAAUGUAUACGGUUUUCUUGAAGGCUGCACGGACACCCUUGCGAAAAUCACCACCCCUGCCCACGAAAACUUCAGCGAUGUCUCAAUACCUUCAUAUCAAUGCUGCCCGAAGCCUUUUCGGGACCCCCCGAUGCAGCAACCAUACCUACUUCCGCCGAUAGGAGAGCGUGGCUAUUUUGAGCUGCAGCGUGCGCCGCAGUACAUCACAGCGCCGUCACAGGGCAGUGCUGGGCCGCCUCACGUGAGUUUUGCUCUGCGCAGCGCUCGAUGA